AUGAACAAAUUAUCUAAUGCGAAAUUGGUGUUGGGAGACAGUGAGAAGUCUAAAAACGGAAAAGGAAUCGCACCUAAGAAAAUCAAUCGAAAAAUUGUUAAAAAACAAACGGACCUGAGUGGAAAAUUGUCGAUGGCUAUCGAAAACGCCCAUCCAGUGCCUGCAAAACCGAAAGUACAACAGAAAGCAUUACGUGCUACUAAAGAGACUGUUAAAAAAUCAACUACACAAUCGGCAGUGAAGAAGUUGCCCGUACAAAAAGCGUUGGCUGUAACUACCGAACUGAUCAAUCGUCAAAAAACUCCUCGGCCUAUCAAGAAGCGAUUGGUGACGAAGGAUCCAAAUUCUUCAGAUAAGACCGAGCCGAAGAGGGUGAAACUGAUAAAACGAGUUCCGAAAGCGAUUUCUACAAUGAAAACUGCAACAAACACCACUAUCGUGCAGAUGCCAAAAGUCUCUGCAGCGGCGUCACACCGGCUGGAAGGAACGAAUCCAACUACGGCAGCUAAGAAACAGCCGGUAAAGAGAGUCAAACGUGUUUUGAGGAAAAAACUCGGGUCGUCUUUGAAAGGGAAAAUCGCAGAACCCAAAGCCAUCGAUGCGAUGUCUAUUGAAAACGUAAUUCUCACUGAAAAACUACAAAACCACUAAUCAACCAUGAUAAAAAAUAAUAGUACCACAAAUUUUAAUUUUUAAAUAAAUAAAUCGUACGUUAUAUAAAAA